AGGCAGUAUCCUCAUUUCUCCUCCACUGUCACUUGUAAAACUUUUCUCAGUCACAAUUGGCUCUCUUUCAAUCCUACACCAUGGCCACGCGCCACCUUCUCAACGUCACGCGCCGCUCUCGAAUCAAUCGUUUUUCCCUUCCACCACCAUGUCUAACACUCUCUUCCCGAUCCACCACCUCCGUAACCACCUCACCACCCUCCUCCCCACCUUCCCCACCUCCCCCAGACUUCAUGAUCUACGAUCGCUUAGCUGAACAAGUCAAAUCAAAGAUCAAACGCCUCGAAGAACCUAACCCUAAGUUCCUCCAGUACAAUUCCCCGCAUCCUACCGCAGCGGAUCACACCUCAAUUCUCUCAUCACCGGAGACUAAAAUCACCACUCUCCCUAACGGCCUACGUGUCGCUACUGAAUCGAACCUGUCAUCCUCAACGGCUACUGUCGGAGUUUGGAUCGACGCCGGAUCUCGAUUCGAAACGGAGGAGAAUAACGGCGUCGCGCAUUUCCUUGAGCAUAUGAUUUUUAAGGGAACGGAGAAACGGCCAAUUAGGGCAUUGGAAGAGGAAAUUGAGAAUAUGGGAGGGCAUUUGAAUGCGUAUACUUCUAGGGAACAGACGACGUAUUUCGCUAAGGUUUUGGGAUCUGAUGUGCCAAAGGCGAUUGAUAUACUUGGGGAUAUUUUACAGAAUUCGCUUUUGGAGGAAGAUAAGAUUGUUCGGGAGCGUAGUGUGAUUCUUCGGGAAAUGGAAGAGGUGGAAAAACAACCCGAGGAAGUCAUCUUUGACCAGUUACAUACUACUGCAUUCCAGUACACUCCAUUGGGUAGAACUAUUCUUGGACCUGCCCAGAACAUUGAGAAAAUGACAAGAGCUCAUAUUCAAGAUUACAUUUCAACCCACUAUGGUGCUCAUAGAAUGGUAAUUUCUGCUGCUGGAGCUGUGAAGCAUGAAGAUGUCGUUGAGCUAGUGAAGAAACAUUUUACAAAACUAUCAUCUAAUCCUAUUACCACUUCCCAAUUGGUGGCAGAUGAGCCAGCAAUAUUUACAGGCUCAGAGAUACGUAUCAUUGACGAUGAUCUGCCUCUUGCUCAAUUCGCUGUUGCAUUUAGUGGAGCAUCAUGGACAGACCCUGAUUCCAUAGCUUUGAUGGUCAUGCAACAAAUGUUGGGAUCAUGGAACAAAACUUCAGGAGGCGGGAAGCACAUGGGUUCAGAGCUUGUCCAAAGGGUGGCCAUUAAUGAAAUAGCUGAGAGUGUGAUGGCAUUUAACACCAACUAUAAAGACACAGGGCUGUUUGGUGUCUAUGCUGAAGCCAAGCCGGAUUGCUUGAGUGACUUAGCUUAUGUCAUCAUGCAAGGGAUAUGCAAGUUAUGUUACAGAGUGUCAGAAGCUGAUGUCGUUCGCGCACGUAAUCAGCUCAAAUCUUCUUUGAUGCUCCACAUUGAUGGAUCGGGCCCUACUGCUGAAGACAUUGGACGGCAGUUAAUCACGUAUGGCCGCAGAAUUCCAUAUGCUGAGUUAUUUUCCAGAAUUGACAGGGUCGAUGCUGACACUGUCAAGCGAGUUGCAAAUCGCUUUAUUUUCGACAGGAGCUUGAGGAAGGUCCCAGUGGUAGAGUGUUAUAUAUGGUUCAACUCCUGCAAAAUGAGACUAUAAAAUACAACAAAUAAUACAGAUAGGGAACCUGAUACAAAGCCUCUCAGUGCUCAGAACAAGUCAAAUAUCUGGCACAAGUUCCAAUGAAAUCAGUUAAAGGAACGACAGAGGCAUCAGUUAGAGGGAACAUAUAGAGAUCAGUUCCUAUGAUGACAGUACAAGUCAAAUCUAACAGCUGUUAAAGCUGCUAUACUGUAUACGCAACAAUACAACAACACUGUUGAAGCAUGCAGUGUACUGGUCGCUCCCUUGCAUCAUCUUGAUGACCUCACUCUUAUAUUAUCAACAUGAGGCAAGGAAUUCAACACACACUUGCAAAACCUAAAAUUGAUUUUCUCUCUCAAGUGUGCAACCACCUUCAUUCUAUCCAAGGCAUUGAAGAACAAAGCAACAACAUAACAAAGGAUUAGGUCCCAACAUUGAUUAUGUCGUAUGUCCUUUAGUAUUGUUGUGUCUUUGUAUUGAGUUAUAAAUUGUAAUUCCUACUCAGCUUGUUUAGAAGCAUUUCGUAGGACAUCUUUUAAACCAUAUUCUGUGUCGUUGUUUUGACUAGAGUUAGUCAAAUGAUUAGCUUUGUAAUAGAGUUAUUACAAAGAGACUUACAAUAUAGUUAUUGUGAGUAGGUGAGAGAUUAAGAGUUUAAUUCCUA